AUGUACUCCUCAAUGCCCUACGAGGGUCGUCGUAUGGGUCCACCAAUGAGAGGGCGUGGCGGGAGAAGUUAUGGGCCAGGCUAUGGACCACCUCCCCCUCCUCCUGGCGAGUAUGGCGCACAUGCUGAUUCUCCAGUUGUCAUGGUGUACGGGUUGGACCCAGUCAAGAUGAAUGCUGAUUGUGUCUUCAACAUCUUCUGUCUCUAUGGGAACGUAGAGCGGGUGAAGUUCAUGAAGAGUAAGCCCGGGGCAGCCAUGGUGGAGAUGGGAGACUGUUACGCAGUGGAUCGUGCAAUCACUCACCUCAACAACAACUUCUUGUUUGGACAGAAACUGAAUGUGUGCGUGUCCAAGCAGCAGGCUAUUGUCCCCGGUCAGUGCUAUGAGCUAGAAGAUGGCACGAGCAGCUUUAAGGAAUUCCACGGCUCCAGGAACAACCGGUUCACCUCCCCAGAACAAGCAGCUAAAAACCGCAUCCAGCACCCAAGCAAUGUGUUGCACUUCUUCAAUGCCCAGCCAGAAGCCUCACCGGAGAUCUUCUCUCAGAUUUGUGACGAGAUUGGUGUCAAGCCCCCUGUUAAUGUCAAAAUGUUCACAGGAAAAAGUGGCGCUGCUCCCAGUGACCGUAGUGCUUCAGGUCUGUUAGAGUGGGAGUCCAUUAAUGAUGCUAUGGAAGCUCUGGCCAUGAUAAACCACUACCAAAUGAAAAAUCCAGCUGGUCCCUACCCUUACACCCUCAAAUUGUGCUUCUCCACUGUUCAGCACGCCAACUGAGCAUCCUUUUGUAUCCAGGAAGCAGCAGAGUGGUCCUCCAUUCCCAUGUUCACGUGUGCUUAGACCAUGACUGUUUGUGACACACUGAGGACGGGGGGGGGGGCAGAUUUAAAAAAAAAAAAAAAAAAAA